GGCCGGUGCUGCCGCAGGCGGGGUCCCCCUCCCCCUCCCCCUCUCCCCCCAGGCCUCGCGCGCCCCGGACCGGCCCCCCCUUUCCCCUCCCCCUCUGCGCCGCCGCUGCCGCGAUGCCCCCCCCUGCGCCCGGGGCCCGGCUCCGGCUUCUCGCCGCCGCCGCCCUGGCCGGCCUGGCCGUCAUCAGCCGAGGGCUGCUGUCCCAGAGCCUGGAGUUCAGCUCUCCUGCGGACAACUACACGGUGUGCGAAGGCGACAACGCCACCCUCAGCUGCUUCAUCGACGAGCAUGUGACCCGCGUGGCCUGGCUAAACCGCUCCAACAUCCUGUACGCGGGCAACGACCGCUGGACAAGCGACCCGCGGGUGCGGCUGCUCAUCAACACGCAGGAGGAGUUCUCCAUCCUUAUCACCCAGGUGGGGCUGGGCGAUGAGGGCCUCUACACCUGCUCCUUCCAGACCCGCCACCAGCCGUACACCACUCAGGUCUACCUCAUCGUCCAUGUCCCCGCCCGCAUCGUGAACAUCUCCUCGCCUGUGACGGUGAAUGAGGGGGGCAAUGUGAACCUGCUUUGCCUGGCUGUGGGGAGGCCGGAGCCCACGGUCACCUGGAGGCAGCUCCGAGACGGCUUCACCUCCGAGGGCGAGAUCCUUGAGAUUUCCGACAUCCAGAGGGGCCAGGCCGGAGAGUAUGAGUGCGUGACUCACAACGGGGUUAACUCGGCGCCCGACAGCCGCCGCGUGCUGGUCACAGUCAACUAUCCUCCGACCAUCACGGAUGUGACCAGCGCCCGCACCGCCCUGGGCCGGGCCGCCCUCCUGCGCUGCGAAGCCAUGGCGGUGCCCCCCGCGGACUUCCAGUGGUACAAGGAUGACAGACUGCUGAGCAGCGGCAGCGCCGAGGGCCUGAAGGUGCAGACGGAGCGCACCCGCUCGAUGCUUCUCUUCGCCAACGUGAGCGCCCGGCAUUACGGCAACUACACGUGUCGCGCCGCCAACCGGCUCGGAGUAUCCAGCGCCUCCAUGCGGCUCCUGCGCCCAGGAUCCCUGGAGAACUCGGCCCCGAGGCCCCCAGGGCCCCUGACGCUCCUCUCCGCCCUGGGCUGGCUGUGGUGGAGGAUGUAGGAAGAACCCAGAGCAGCUGCCUCCCCUUGCGGGGGGGCCUGAGGCCGAGAGGGAGAGAAAACAGGGAGCAAGCGCAGUGGGUCUUGAGGGGGCGGAAGAGCUCUCGGCCACCGAGGAGGAAGAGAGGAGGAGGAGGAAGAGGAAGGAGAAAGAUCUUAGAGAACCCAUCACUGUGAGGGAUAACGCAAAAUUAUGCAUCUUUCUACAGCCAUUCUCGCCACCCUUCACGUUGCCGAUUGUGACUCACCCCCGGCCACCCCACACCCCUCUCUUAGCUCAGGCUGUCAACUGGAUUGCGUGUGUGCAGUGCGUGUGUGAGCAUGAGCCCACGUGU